CUCUUUUAUUCUGGGUUUAGAAUCCGUCAAACCAUGGACAUGAUGGGGAGAAAGGAGCGUCGGGGCGUGAAUUUCAAAGGCUUGCUGAAGAGGAACUGGCUCUUAAUUGCCACGGUUGUGUCGGUGGUGCUAGGUAUAGGUCUGGGUGUUGUGGUGAGGGAGUACGGAUCUCUUUCCCACCUCCACAAGCAGUACUUCGGUUUCCCAGGAGAGAUCCUCAUGCGGAUGCUUAAGCUCGUCAUCCUUCCCCUCAUCAUCUCCAGCAUGAUAACAGGGGUUGCGGCCUUGGAUUCGGAAGUUUCAGGGAGGAUAGGAUUACGUGCAGCUGUGUAUUACUUCUCUACAACCAUAAUUGCAGUCAUUCUGGGCAUUGUUUUGGUGAUGACCAUAAAGCCUGGUGUGUCUCAGACGGCAGAUCACAUCGACAGGGCGGGGACCACGCCAAAUGUCACAACGGUUGAUACACUCCUGGACUUAAUAAGAAACAUGUUCCCUGAAAAUUUGGUGCAGGCUUGUUUUCAACAGUACAAGACAAAACGCAAAGAGCUGGAGCCACCUAAAGUGAUGGUCAACGCUACAUUCCCUCCUCUAUCAACCACCAUCAUGACCACUGUAGAAGCAAUACAGAACAUAACAAAGGAAUACAAGAUCGUCGGGAUGUAUUCAGACGGCGUCAACGUCCUGGGACUCAUCGUGUUCUGCGUUGCUUUUGGACUCGUCAUCGGAAAGAUGGGCGACCGGGGUCGCAUCCUUCUGGAGUUCUUCGAUGCCCUGAACGAAGCCACCAUGAAACUCGUCCAGAUCAUCAUGUGCUAUAUGCCAGUGGGAAUCCUCUUUCUAAUCGCUGCCAAGAUCAUUGAAGUGGAAGACUGGGAGAUCUUCAGGAAGAUGGGCCUGUAUAUGGUGACAGUGCUGAGUGGUCUAGCCAUUCAUUCCACCAUCUGUCUGCCUCUGAUCUUCGUUGCCAUCGUGAGGAAGAACCCGUUCACCUUCACCCUGGGGAUGGCCCAGGCACUGGUCACUGCCCUCAUGAUCUCCUCCAGCUCUGCCACCCUGCCCGUCACCUUCCGCUGUGCCGAAGAAAACAACCGCGUCGACAAGAGGAUAACGCGCUUUGUCCUGCCCGUCGGGGCCACCAUCAACAUGGACGGCACGGCCCUCUACGAGGCUGUGGCUGCCAUCUUCAUCGCCCAGCUGAACGACUACGCUCUGGAUGUGGGUCAGAUAGUCACCAUCAGUAUCACAGCAACCGUCGCCAGCAUAGGAGCUGCUGGGGUGCCAAACGCAGGCCUGGUUACCAUGGUUAUCGUAUUAACUGCAGUAGGACUGCCGGCUAGUGAUGUCACGUUAAUUGUUGCCGUUGAUUGGCUGCUAGAUCGCUUCCGCACCAUGGUGAAUGUGCUGGGAGAUGCCUACGGUGCAGGGAUAGUCCAGAAACUCUCCAAGAGAGAACUGGAGAGGAUGGACCUGACGUCUGACGUAGAUGUCGCCAACCCCUUCGCCCUGGAGACCACUCUGGAUGACGAGGAAUGUGAAAAGAAGUCUUACGUCAAUGGCGGCUUCACUGUGGACAAGACCGAUGCCAUAUCCUUCACUGAGACUUCCCAGUUUUAAGGCCCUUUUACGUUGAUGAACCAGAGUCAAGGAAAGGAUAGAUGUGCCAUGCUGCUAUUAUGGGAGUGAGUUAGAAAACCAUAUUAAUCAACUAGUGCCAUUACCCCAGAGUAACAUCAGACCCUUACAAAGCUCCUCCCAGGCUUUGUUUAGAUGACCAAUCAGUGUGUUCAUAAGCCUCAGCAGCCCCUGAACUCCUCCUCUAUUCCUAAAGUGCUUCCUUCCUUUACUGACACUGGGCUAAGAACCAACAGCCACUUUUGAAUUGAACCUGUGGUCAUAUGUAUAUGUAUGUAUGUGUGCGUGUGUCAAGAAUUCUGUCUUGUGUUUGAAAACCGAAUAAUACCACUGGGCUGACGUUUGUCUUGCUAAAAUGAGCAUGGAUGAAAAAAAUAUGUAUAGUUAAAGUUCAAUAUACAGUACUUUGCGAUUAUUGAAAAUAGUUUUCAAAGUAGUUUGUAAAACAGAAUUCUGCUUUAUGUUUGCUCCAAAGUACAAUACUCUUGCAGAGGCGACAGUCAUGUGUGCAACUGUCACGUCAAUGUUUUUGAGCUUAAUGUGUCCUUUUUUAUAAAUACACUGUGCCAAACAUCAAACAUUUCUUAUGAGGCAUCACAUGAAGCAAUAAGACAAAGAACAAUGUUUGAGCACUUGCAAUGAAUGUAAUUUCUCAAGAAACCAGAAUUCUUUAGAAAAAAAAACCUGGGCAAAAAAAUAGGCACAAUUAGGGGUUAAAACUAUAAGUAAUUAAACACUGUGAAAUAUAAAGCAAAUAUUUUCUUAAUGAAUUUCUAAAAUAUUCCAGAUUGUAAAGAGCUGCGUGCUGCAGAGUGGAUGUGAUACUUUGGUACUUUAGAUGCUCAAUGUCUAUUCGAUGGUUGAGGAGGUUGGUAUUUGAUUGGCAGCCUUCGUUGUUCUUAAACCAAUCAGAGGAGUGUUGGACUAGUGUAAAUAGAUACUAUAACUCCUAAAGUAAUUGAAACUCCAUUAAAUGGUUGUGUUAUAGUAUGAUAACAUAACAGGAGCUGGUUUACAGAAAAGGCUUUUAUUUUGGUUUUUGGUGUGGGGGUAAUGUAAUAUCUUUCAAAGCAUGACAUGGAGUUUAUUUACAAUGCUAUAUGAAGGCUCAUCCAAAUUUAAAACUGCCACAAUGGUCUUAUUGGAGUCAUGAUACUGUGAUCAUGGAUCGUGUUGAUUGAAAAGAUUCCAGGAAGAUACUUAAUAAAAGAAAAGGAAAUCAUCUCUGAUUUAUAAAAUAGCAUUGAUCAGAGGGGAAUAAUUAGCUUGUAAACACAU